CAUUAGCUGUCGGCCCAGCAGCCAGCAGGAGCCAUGGGCAACUGGGAGUCCCACCUGUACACAGUGCCUGCUCAUAAACUGGACGGGCUCAUCCGGGACUCGCUGAGGCCCUCUGAAGACUGUCAGAAGCACAUCGACAGCACCGUGAACACCCUCUGUGCCGCCCUGCAGGAAGCCGAGCCGCUCUCCCUGGAGAAAAGGGUCGCCAAAGGUGGCUCCUAUGGCCGGAAAACGGUCUUAAGAGGCAACUCCGAUGGUACGCUCGUCAUCUUCGUCAGUAACCUUGAAAAAUUCCAGGAUCAGACGAAAAGCCAACAGGAAAUCUUCAAGAAAAUCUGGGAGUGUCUGAGAGCCUGUCAGGUCACAGGCCUGGAAGCCAAGGUGCAGAUCCAGAGGCCCAACAGUGGGCUCACCAUCCAUGUGUCCUCAGGAUGGCAAAGCAUCACUUUUGAGGUGCUGCCUGCCUUCAAUGCGCUGGGCUUAAGUGAGAAUCCCAGCCCCUGGGCCUAUCGAGAACUCAAAAGAUCCUUGGAUAUGACAAACUCUCUGCCCGGUGACUUCUCAGUGUGCUUCACGGAGCUCCAGCAGAAGUUUUUUGACGACCGUCCCAGAAAGCUGAAGGAUUUGAUCCUCUUGGUAAAGCACUGGCAUCUGCAGUAUGUGAUAAAGCAGGACAAUUUCCCCCUGGUGCCCUCAUAUGCUUUGGAGCUGCUUACAGUCUACGCCUGGGAACAGGGGUGUGGAGCAGAAGACUUUGAUAUAGCUGAAGGCAUCAGAACAGUUUUGGGGCUAAUCAUGCAGCAGAAGAAGCUGUGUGUCUAUUGGACAAUCAACUAUAACUUUGAGGAUGAGACUGUCCGGAACAUUCUGCUGAGCCAGCUCCGAUCGCGGAGGCCAGUAAUCUUGGAUCCAACCGACCCAACCAAUAAUGUGAGCAAAGAUGAUGUGUACUGGCAACAGCUAAAAAAAGAAGCUGAAUGCUGGUUGUCUUCUUCCGGCCUGAACGAGUCACCUGGACCAUCUUGGAAUGUUCUGCCAGCCCCGCUCUUCACGACCCCAGGCCAUCUUCUAGACAGGUUCAUCAUGGACUUUCUCCAGCCCAGCAAAAUCUUCCUAGAUCAAAUCAAGAAAGCUGUUGACAUCAUCUGUACAUUCCUUAAAGAAAAAUGCUUUCAACAUUCAACGACAAAGGUUCUGAAGGUUGUCAAGGGAGGGUCGACCGCCAAAGGCACAGCUCUGAAGAGCGGCUCUGAUGCCGACAUCAUCGUGUUCCUUAACUCGUUUAAAAACUACGCCUCCCAAAAAACCGAGAGAUGCAACAUCAUCAAGGAAAUCCGCAAACAGCUGGAAGCCUGUCAGCAGGAGAAGGAGUUUGAAGUGAAAUUUGAGAUUUCAAAAUGGAAGGCUCCCAGGGUGCUGAGCUUCUCUCUGAAAUCCAAAGUCCUCAAUGAAAGUGUUGACUUCGAUGUGCUGCCUGCCUUUGAUGCGCUAGGUCAACUGAAUUCUGGCUCUGCGCCCAGCCCCAGGGUCUACGCUGAGCUCAUCCACCUGUAUAAAUCCUCAGACGCCGUAGGGGGAGAAUUUUCUACCUGUUUCACGGAGCUGCAGCGUAACUUCGUGGAAUCCCGGCCCACCAAAGUGAAGAGUUUAAUUCGCCUGGUGAAGCACUGGUACAAACAGUGUGAAAGGAAACUGAAGCAAAAGGGAUCUCUGCCCCCGAAGUACGCCUUGGAGCUCCUCACCAUCUACGCCUGGGAGCAGGGCAGCAGGGUGCCGAAUUUUGACACGGCCGAGGGUUUCCGGACGGUCCUGGAGUUGGUCACAAAGUAUCAGCAGCUCUGCAUCAUGUGGACGGUCAAUUACAACUUUGAGGAUGAGACCACGAGGAACUUCCUCCUGACCCAGAUGCAGAAAACCAGGCCCGUGAUCUUGGACCCAGCUGAACCCACCGGCGACGUGGGUGGAGGGGACCGGUGGUGUUGGCACCUUCUAGCAAAAGAAGCUACCGAAUGGUUGUCCGCUCUCUGCUUCAAAGACGGGAAUGGACAUCCUGUACAAUCGUGGAAAGUGCCAGUAAGAAUAAUCUAAAAGAAGUGUCGUCUGGAGAUUGCCCUGUGACAGGCUUAAGUCAAAGAGCUUCUCCUGCUGUAGCUUGAACUUGGGAUUUGUUCAGCCACAAAUAAUGAAAAACCCAAGUCACAAGCUUGCACAAUUGGUUUUUUCUGCUCAUUACAAGAAAUCCUAAGGCGGGCAAUCCAGCACUCGCACAACAGCUCCAUCCAGCUUUCUCUAUCCACCACAGCACUACCGGCAUUUGGGGCUGGAGAGUUCUUUGGGGGGGGGGGCUGUCCUGGGCAGGGUAGGAUGCUGAGCAGCAUCCCUGGCAUCUAGCAUCCCCACUAGAUGCCAGUAGCACCCCUGACCCAUGUGACAACCAAAACACUAUGUCCGGAUACUGCAAACUGUCCCCUGGGGACACACUCAUCCCCAGCUCUUUCUGGUUCCACUCUCUUUAGGUAUCAAUUUUAGUCCUCAUGGCAAUGAAAGUGGCUACUGCACCUCCAGGUGGUGGUUCUGGGUCCAGGCAGGAAGAACAAGAAGGGGGAGGAUACCUAUUAGAAGCCUCAUGCAGCAAAUUCUCUUACAUGUCAUUGCCCAGAACAGUCAUGUGGCUACCCAUAACUUGAAAGUGGCUCCAAAAAGGGGAGUGAAGACACCUGUGGAUGGGGGUUGAUCAGCCAACCAAGUGUCUGCCACACCUGUCCAAAGCUCUACCUCCCACCAAGAUACCUGCCACCAGGUAUACGUGGUUCUCCCGCCAGGUUCUUUCUCAAGGUUCUUUCAAAGUAGGUUUUCUCAGCCUCAGCAACUAUUGACAUUUUGGGCCACAUAAUUCUUUGUUUGGGGGGCUGUCCUGUGCAUUGCAGGAUAUCAAGCAGCAUCCCCAGUCCCUACCCACUAGAUGCCACCCAGUUUGACAAUUAAAGAUGUCUCAAGACAUUGCCUCUUGUCUUAUGGGGAGCAAAAUCGCCCCCCGGUGAGCACUCCUGCAUUAGAGGGACACCCCACUCCAACUCCGGGGUCAGCUUUAGUUACCAAGACGUUCACUGUCAACAAGCACCCAAAAAUUGUCCCUGGUAAUAGUUACCCUCUCAGAUACACUUCCUUCCCUUUUUUUUUUCUGACUCUUUUAACCAAUGGUUUUCACUGCUUAGGAUACGUAUUAUUCUUGCACAUGUAUUUUUCUUUCUAGACAGCUCAGACACCAGGAAGUUGUGCAGCUGGGAUGCAUCCUAUUACCAAUGAGAUGUUCUCACUCAGAAGUCGUAGAAUCCUGGCAUAAUAAUGCUAGGAGAAAUUUCUAGAGGUCACCUGGCAAUUGCUUUUAAAGAAUCAGUUCACUGUGUAAAAUAGUAACCAGAUCCAUUCUUCCAUUGACCGUCCGCACGACCCCUUCCCGUGUUUCUUCAACUCCUCUUAAAAUCAAGACCACCGAGUUCUUUUAAAGUCUAGCCUUACUGAACUCUCACUCCACGAGGGACCUGACUUAAUUGAAAAUAUUUGCUUUCCGGGCUGGCCUGGUGGCAUAGUGGUUGGGUUUGCACGCUCAGCUUCUGCCGCCCGGGGAUCACGGGUUUGGAUCCCGGGCACAGACCAGCGCACCGCUUGUCAAGCCAUGCUGUGGUGACGUCCCAUAUAAAGUGGAGGAAGAUGGGCAUGGAUGUUAGCCCAGGGCUGAUCUUCCUCAGCAAAAAGAGGAGGAUUGGCAAAGGAUGUUAGCUCAGGGCUAAUCUUCCUCACACACACACAAAAAAUUUUUGCUUCAUCUAGCUUUAUGGGCACCUUAUUUCUGUCAACCAUUCUGUAUUUUUCCAAUUAGCUACUUCCUUUUCCUUCAAGUCUUAGAAGCGCAAUCUCUCUAUUCCCAAAGUGAAGCCCUUUACCUGCCCCUUGGUUCCCAUAAUUCCACGAUCUUGCUCUCAAACUCCUCCACCUCGCCCACCUCCUGUCUCUUUCCCUCUGUACACAAAACCCUGUCUGCCCUUGCCCAACUGAAGGUCUCCUAAGCCAGAAGUGAGCCAACCUCUUCUUAGACCUGCAAAUUCUCUAAAGGCUUGGAUUAUAACUGUUGCCAUAUGUGUAUAUACAUAUAUAUAUCUCUCUAUGUAUCUAUAUAGAUAUUAGCCUGUUGUCUUUCCCUUCCGAGCCUACCUUUUUAGCCCUAUCCAUGAGUAUCUUCUUGCCAAAUCUAAAGGCUUUAUCCUCUGGCUUUAGCUUAAAAUAUACUUGAAGGUCUAAGUGUUUUAUCCUCAUAUAUCCACUUAACAUUUUGUUACCGCCACAUAUACCAACUGUCAUAAAAUCAAGAAUAUAUCUGGUCUUUGUCCCCAGUUCCUGGCACAAAGCUUCAAAAACCUUUGGAAUUUCCUGAUAGGAGGGUCCUUUGUAUUCAUAAUGAGCCCCUUCCAACCGUCCCUGAGUUUAUGCCAGUGAGGUGUGGGCCCUUAAAUUGUGUCAAGGGAGGAGUUGGCCAUGCCAGAAAUGCCAAGCAUGUGAUGAGAGGGUUGCAAAUUUCAGCCCCACUCCCCAACCUCGCAAGAGGAGAGGGAGCUGGAGAGGGAGUUCAAGCCCACGGCCAAUGAUUUAAUCAAUCGUGCCUUUGUAAUGAAACCCCAGUAAAAACCCUGGAAAACAAGGCUUGAGGGGCUUCCUGGUUGGCAAACAUAUCAAUGUAUGGCGAAGAUGGCACUUCCUGACUCCGAGGGGAUGGAAGCCCCUGCACUCAGAACGCUUCCAGACCUCGCCCCCUAUGUUUCUCUUCAUCUGGCUAUUUAUCUAUAGCUUUUGUAAUAAAACGGUGAUUGUAAGUAUA